AUGCCAAUGGUAACAAACUCAAUUGAUGACGUAAAAUUUACAACCAAAAUCGUACUAAAGACCUUGUUAACCUUUGAUGAUGCUACUGCUACUGGUCCUGAUGGAAUACCAUCUAUAUUACUAAAGCGGUGCUCAUCAUUGCUUGCCGAAUAUAUAUCAAGCAUUAUGAACAAAUCCAUGGAGGGUGGACGCUUACCCGCUGAUUGGAAGAAAGCUACAGUCGUACCUAUUUAUAAAAACGGCGAUAAGAUGAGACCUAGUAAUUACAGACCAAUAAGUUUGACAAGUAUCCUCUGUAAAGCCAUGAAAAAGAUCAUAACUGAAAGAUUAAGAGAAUUCCUAUUACAAGAACAACUGAUUUUAGAUGAACAGCACGGGUUUGUACCAAAGCGAUCAAUCAUUACAAAUAUGUUACAAUGUGUUAAUGAAUGGGUCUCAAACCAUGACAAUGGAUUACCUACAGAUGUGAUAUAUCUUGACUAUGAAAAAGCUUUUGACCGUGUGCCAUUAAGGCGACUUAUAUGCAAAUUAAAACACUUUGGUAUACGCGGGAAAUUGUUGGCCUGA